UAGCAUUGGGACGUACCACCGCGACGGACUGGAGGGGGUCUCCUUGUUCUCCUGCAGCGGACGUGUGAGGAUCUCGGGAGCCGCAGGCAGAACCCGUGACCCCGCAGGGCUGCCGGGCAGUAGCCACCAUGAUCAUCCCGGUUCGCUGCUUCACUUGCGGAAAGAUCGUCGGCAACAAGUGGGAGGCUUAUUUGGGACUGCUGCAGGCCGAGUACACCGAAGGGGAUGCCCUGGAUGCACUAGGUCUGAAACGAUAUUGCUGUCGCCGUAUGCUGCUGGCACACGUGGACCUGAUCGAGAAGCUGCUCAACUAUGCACCCUUGGAGAAGUGACCAGUGGAGAAGAUUCCUGUCUGCUGACCAUGUUGGACACACGUCCUGCUGAGUUCAAGCCAAGGCAUCAAGGAGCCAGAAGCAAUACCUGGCCACAGCCACAAGGGCAAUACUCCCCAUUCUAGAAAGAAUCUAGUAAAAGUGUGCAGAACUAGCAA